AUGUUAGAAGCAUUUCUUUCUCUGUCACUAAAUAAUUGCUUUUGCGUUGAUGUGACAAAUCGUAUCGUAUGGGAUCGGACCGAAUCGAAACAUAAUCGUGUGACAAAUACCUGUCAACCACAGUGCCGAAAUGCGGUAUUGAAUUUAUAUCAAAAUCGGUUGGGACGAUCACUUCUACGAACCGAUAUUUCGUGUAUUCCUGGUAGAUAUGAAUUAGAAUUGUGUAAUUUAAUCCCGAAAAAAUUGCCAGUUUAUUGCAAUUUGGCAAAAUUAGCCUGUGAAGCUGAUCUGAUGUGUAAUUCACGAUAUAGCGUAUUUACAUCGGAAUGCGAAAGUGAAGCAGCACAUGGUGAUUGCAAUGCACGAUGUCGUGAACUUUUAAAUGAUACAUUAAAAACUCAACAAGGUGCUGCAUUUAUUGAUUGCACCUGUACUGAUAAGGAUGAUAAACUUUGCCAGCAUCUAAAAGAUGUCAUAUUGAAAUCUUGCAUAAUGAAUUCGUAUACGACAAUGUUAUCAGUAGAAAAUAAUUCUGUAUUAAAAGAUGUGACAACAGUUCAAUCGAAUAUCAUCACAGAUCAAGAUGAUUAUGAAGAUGAUAAUAUAGAUGGCAGUCGAGUUGCUGUAGUAUCACAAUUUCUAUUAAUUGCUUUACUCUGUACUUUAUUACUCUUCCAGUCGUAA